AUGUCCGCUGUUUACAAGGCUGGGAUAAGCCAUCGUCGACUCAAUGGCCUAUAUGGAGUACCGCUGUUAACCGCUGGCUGUGCAUCUCUGGGCGUCUAUCUCCUCUUCAACCAAUUGUACAAGUCAACUCGUCGCUAUCGAAGCAGCAUAAUCCUCUCCCCGCUAUCUACAGCGAUCCCAAGGCUUUCUCCAGCGGACAUUCACAACCUCCCAUAUCCGCCAGACGUUCUCCCCGGCGCACGAGAUGUGGAUUCCCCCUACGGCAUCAUCAGGGUCUACGAAUGGGGUCCCGAAGACGGCAGAAGAGUCCUCCUAAUUCACGGCAUCAGCACGCCAUGCAUCGCCCUCGCAGGCAUCGCCCAACAUCUCGCCGAGAGAGGCUGCCGAGUGAUGCUCUUCGACCUAUUCGGCCGGGGCUACUCAUCUGGGCCUGACCCAUCUGAGAUACCGUACGACAGUCGGCUGUACACGACACAGAUCCUGCUGGCGCUGUCUUCAUCGCCGGUUCCCUGGACCGGAUCUCAGUCGGAUCCAAACUGCAACUUCAAUGUAAUCGGCUACUCUCUCGGCGGCGGCAUCGCAGCAGACUUCACUGCGCACUUCCCCGGGCUGGUCUCGUCUCUUGUUCUCAUCGCGCCCAGCGGCAUUGUCAGACCAAGCCACGUCACCUACAAAAGCAAGAUUCUGUACGGCACCGGCGGCUGGGUACCCGAGCGCCUUAUCCACUGGCUCGUAAAGCGGCGGCUCACGUCCGCACCAGCUAAACCCGCUGCGCCCCGGGAGUCUUCUGCCACGCAAGAUGCGGAUGACGCUGUUACCGCUGAAGUGGGCGGUGUAGUUCCAGAGGAAGGGCAGGGGAUACCGGUGGAAAAGAUGAAGCCGUAUAACGAUGACUCUCCGCUGUUCCCAGGUCGUCCACUCACGACUGUGGCCAACGCUGUUAACUGGCAGAUUGAACACCAUCGAGGGUUUAUCCCAGCGUUCAUCAGCAGUAUUAGGUAUGCGCCGAUACAUAAUCAACAUCGCGUCUGGAAACGCAUUGGCCAGACUCUCGACGAGCGGAGGCUACAAAGAGCCGAGGCAAAGGACGGCAGCAGAGCGAAAAGAGAAAUAACUUUGGAUGAGGGAAGGUCAGAUCGGGUGCUGAUUAUCCUGGGCAAGAAGGAUCCUAUUGUCCUACCCAGUGAGGUUGCUGAAGAUGCGCGGGAUGUGUUAGGUCAAGAGAACGUGGAGAUCCGGAUCGUGGAUGCUGGACAUGAGCUUCCGAUCUCUAACGCAAUGAAGUGUGCGGACACUAUAUGGGAGUUCUGGGAAAAGAACGGCGCAUAG